CCACCUUUCCCCUCCCCACCUCCCGAACCGCACCUCUCUUCCCGAUUUUUCAUCUUUUCCUCCUGCUUUUUAUCGCUUUUACCGUUUUUUAGCGUUCUGCGGAGAGCUUUGGAUAAAAUCGCCGAGAUCAAAUCGCUGCUGGAGGAGCGCCGCAUCGCGGCAAAAAUCGCCGGGAUUUACAGCGAGGCGGAGCCGCCCAGGAAGACGAUGAGGAGGGGGGUGCUGAUGACGCUGCUGCAGCAGUCGGCCAUGACGCUGCCGCUGUGGAUCGGCAAGCCCGGGGAAAAACCCCCUCCCCUGUGCGGGGCCGUGCCGGCCGCCGGCGACUACGUGGCCAAACCCGGGGACAAAGUGGCCGCCAGGGUGAAAGCCCUGGAAGGGGACGAGCAGUGGAUCCUGGCCGAGGUGGUCAGCUACAGCCACGCCGCCAACAAGUACGAGGUGGACGACAUCGAUGAGGAAGGGAAGGAGUGAGUGAUAAAAAAAUAUCGGUGAAAUUCUCUGCAAAGCGCCCCAAAAUCUGCUUAAAUUCCCGGGAUUUCUUGGCAUCUCCACAGCUUCCACGUCUUUUCCCAAUGUUUUCACAAAUUCCCACCCCCCCCCCAAAAAAUUCCCUCGGGCUUCUCCAGGUUUUCUCAGUGUUCCCUCAAAAUCUCCAAACCUCUCCGUAUGGCCCCAAAAAAAUCCCCUCAAACCUCCCUGAAACAUCCCAAAAUCCCCGUUUUUCCCCUCAAAUCCCC